AUCGCCCACUUUCUCCAACUGCAGCAUGUCGCCGCGCAACCCCGUCCCGAUCGAGAGCCUCCUGCUCCCGCUCAAGCCCGACUCGCUCCAAUGCCUGCACCGCUUCAUGCAGUAUGAGCGCAAGGUGCCUCCGCACCCUGUGCCGAAGAAGCGCAAAGCGAGCGUGGCGAUAAUCCUGUUCGUGGGCCGCAAAGGCGACCUGUACGUGAUUCUCACGACACGGUCCGGCGACCUGCGGACGUACGCGUACGACACGGCCCUGCCGGGCGGCAAGUGGGAGGAGGGCGACAAGGACGAGGAGUGGACGGCGCGGCGCGAGGCGUUCGAGGAGAUCGGGCUGCCGAUGGACACGGAGCGUGUGCGCUGCCUCACCCUCCUCGACUACGUGAUCGCCGGCAACCAGCUGGUGGUCACGCCCGUCGUGUUGCUGUGCAUCGACCGCAACAUCAACCCCGUGCUCAACCCCGACGAGGUCGUGCAUCUCUUCUCGAUGCCGCUCGCGGCCUUUUUGCACGACAGACCCGCGGAUAUCCCGGGCUGGAACUUUGGGCUCGCGGACAAGGUCAAUCCCGUGCCGCCGGGCUUGAUCAAGCCGCCCCCUAUUCCGAUGUAUGCCAACCAGCCCGAGAACGAGGACGAGGGCGUUGGUGGUCGCGAGGGCAGGUUUUACCAGUACCGCGACAUCGAUUGGGGAGGCGGGCCGGUGCGGAUGCACCGCUUCCUCACGGGCCGCGAGGGCGGGGGUGUUAGACCCGUGUACGGGCUUACAGCGGGCAUACUGAUCAACGCGGCCAAGACCGGCUUUGGCCAAGAACCGACGUUUGGCGAGUUCGCACCGGGCCAGAUGGACAUGGAGGACCGGCUGCGGUUCCAGAUUGUCAGCCAGGGCGGGCAGCUGCGGCGCGCGGUCGAGGCCGAGGGCAUGAUGGGGCCGUGGAUGGAGGACGAGGCGCGAGCGCGGGCCCGGGUCAAGGAGGCCAAGUUGUAGUGUUUUACGAGAUGGUAGUCACCGGUG